GUCUUGUCCGCCAUAUUUGAUACGUUUUCUCCUGGUUUUCUACGUUUCUCCGGUAAACUACUUGAUUUACGUAGUAUAUAGUCAAAAACCACAAAAAAAUUACCCAACCUUGAAGUUAGAACUUCCAACUGCGCAAAAUUACUCAUCUUUCAGGGUGAUAUGGAAGUACCAAGAUUUGCCGGAAGAAAUAAAGUGGAACUUGGCGCUGAUGGUAUAUUAACUUAUUUCUAACACUGUAUUCUCUAUCUACGAAUGGAUUAUUUCGCUGGCCUGUAAAUUUGUUCUGCUAAAGAUGACUUAAAUAUAGAUAAUUUUCAUUAUCCGUAAAGGUGAUUUCGAAGAACUGUCAAAUGAUAAUGGUAAAGGAAAUCACUCCUUGAAGAAUUAAUCUUUCAAUGUUUAUGCAUGUAUUGAUUUAAGGAACUCUAGUCAAUAAUGGCAUUUUUGGAGUGGCGUCGUUUCAAUUUCUUCGAUCUUAAGAGAGAAGUUGAUUCUGGGAGAAUUGCCGAAGCUCUUGGAAGUGCACGAGUUACGGCAGCUACGAGUGGAAACGGCAACCUGAUCUUCUGCGAUGACUCUGGUAAUGUGCAUGUUGUUAAUCGGACGUACCAAGUUCAGACAUUCCAGGCGUACGAAGUCAUGGUCUCGCUGGCGCAACAAGUCCAGCACUCGACCUUUCUCUUCACGAUUGGUGAAGAUGAACAUGGCUGUAAUCCCACGAUAAAGGUUUGGAAUCUCGCUAAGCCAGAUAAACAAGGUAUCCCAACUUGCAUAAGAAUCACUAGGGCAAUACCCAGCUAUCGAGCGGUUCCGCCUACGGCAUUAUGUGUUCAUGCAAAUUUAACGAUAAUGGCUGUUGGUUUUGAAGAUGGUUCAAUCAUGCUCUACAGGGGAGAUCUUACUGGGAAGCGGAAAAGCAAAAUAAAAGUUUUAAAGGACACGAACAUUUGUAUAACGGGUCUUGCGAUAAGGUCCACCAGCAAGCAAAAUCAUCUCUUUGUUGCUACGACUAGUAGCGUUUUUCUAUAUAAUAUUUCUGUAAAAGAUAUGGAAUACAAAUCACCGCUAGACAAUAUGGGUUGCUCUGCUAAGUGCAGCGUUCUUGCAGAAUCCAUGCCGGAUGGUCACUUCAUGAUCGGUCGUAAUGAUGCCAUUUAUUGUUACACUCCGGAUGGAAGAGGUGCGUGCUAUGCAGUAGAGGGCCAAAAGAUAAUGCUAGAAUGGUUUCGCAGUUACUUAGUCAUCGUUGCCAAGGAAGCUGCGAAUGUUCCAAGGACAACCACUACGAUAUCUGCAAAGCCUAACACCAUCGAGCCGAUACCACCUGGUGUAGACAAACACGUUAUUACUGUACUCGAUAUCCAGAAUAAGUUUAUAGUAUUCUCUGCCCCGAUGCUCUCGGUUCAGGCAGUUCUAUCCGAGUGGGGAGGAUUCUUCAUUCUUAGUGGCGAAGGAAAACUUUAUCAUCUGGAUGAAAAGGAUUUACAAUCAAAGUUGGCCCUCCUCUUCAAGAAAAACCUUUACGAUGUUUCAAUAAGGAUAGCGGAGAAUCAGCAAUAUGAUGCCGAAGGACUUGUUGAUAUCCUAAGACAGUACGGCGACCAUCUUUACUCGAAAGGAGAUCACAACGGAGCAAUAGAACAAUACAUUCAGACCAUCGGCAAGCUGGAGCCAUCCUAUGUAAUAAGAAAAUUUUUGGACUCGCAGCAUAUCGACAACUUAACAACAUAUUUACAAGCACUGCAUAAAAAGGGCCAAGCCACCGAAGACCACACAACUUUGUUAUUGAAUUGCUACACCAAGCUGAACCACACCGACAAGUUGAAAGAAUUCAUAAUGACCAAGGACAGGAAAGUAGAUUUUGACGUUGAGAUAGCUAUAAAAGUCUGUCGACAAGCUUCUCCAGAAGACGCUCUUUUGUUAGCCCAAAAGCAUGGUAAACACGACUGGUAUCUGUGCAUACAGAUCGAAGACAAAGGAGAAUAUAUAAAAGCUCUCGACUACAUAGCUACUUUGGACUUCGAUGAGGCAGAAGCUAACAUGAAAAAAUACGGAAACAUUCUCAUUGAAAAUGUACCAAACGAGGCAACGGAGUUCCUAAAAGUUCUCUGCACGAAUUACAAACCCAAGAGUUCUCAAGCGGAACAGAAUUUGUGGAAUGAGAAUGAAGAGGGUACUGACAGAGCGAACCCGAAAGAUUUCAUCCAUUUAUUCCUGAACAACUCGGAACGGCUGGUGGAAUUCUUAGAACACUUAACAAAAUUCGAUAUCAAAUGGAGUACCCUAGUUUACAAUACAUUGGUGGAGCAUUAUCUCCACGUUUGGUCCGCCCUCGAGAAUGAAGUAUCCAAACUCCAAUAUGAACAGAAAGUUGUUCGCGUCUUGCAGAGCUCAGAGGCUUGUUACGACAAAGAACAGAUUCUGAUCCUCUGUCGACAACACAAUUUCCGUAAGGGCCUUCUCUUCCUCUAUGAAGAAAAGAAACUGUACCAAGAAAUCCUUCGAUACCAUCUCCGAGAGGGUGAAGACGAGCAAGUUCUGGCAACUUGCAAAAGAUUUGGUCAUCAGGAUCCAAAUUUAUGGAUACAGGCAUUGUGGUGCACUGCAAGAACUAAGAACUCCUCUCCGAAGCUCCUAACUGACAUUCUCUCCUACAUCGGGAACAAGAGAUUGCUGUCUCCUUUGAUGGUGAUCGAUGCCCUUUCUACGUCAUCGACCUGUACUUUAGGAGAUGUUCGGUCUUACCUCAACAGCGUACUGAAAUCUGAGUACGAACAGACUCAAGCUGAUGCAGAGUUGAUGGAAAAAUACAGAGCAGACACUGUGAAACUUCGAGAACAAAUAGAGACCAUUAAAAAUAACACAAUCAUUUUUCAAGGCUCCCGAUGCAGUGCCUGCCACCAUCAGUUAGAACUGCCAUCGGUACACUUCAUGUGCCAACAUUCCUACCACCAACAUUGCUUCCAGAGUUUCUCUGAAAACGAGAACGAGUGUCCAGCUUGUCUGCCUAACAACAAAAAGCUUCUCGAUAUCAACAAGGCCCAGGAGCAAUCGAGAGACCUUCAUGAAACCUUCCACAGUCUUUUGGAUCGCGCUGAGGAUCCAUUUUCUUUAGUAGCUGAAUAUUUUGGGCGAGGAGUCUUUAAGAAGUUAAUGGUCAUUACCGACGCAGACAAACCUUUGACAAUUCCACCAAGGAAGUUCGAAGAACCAAAGCCUAAUUAUAAUACUUACGGGCCAGGUGCCGAAGCUAAAAUCAGACUGACCGAAGGGAAUAGCAAUCCAUCCUUUGUUAAGACAGAGACUCGUCGUUCAGAUACCUCUUCGAAUCCUAUCGUAGGAAAGGGAGAAGAUAUUCUUCGAACAUUCCCAAGGCAAGACGUAUACUCUUCAUCUUUGGAGGCUAAUGUAUCGGGAACUGGGAGUGGCUUGUCAACGCCUAGAACUAAUUCCAGAAAAGCUUCUCCAGUUCGUAUUAAGGAAGCACGAAUCUUGAAUAAUUCUUCGCCAAAGGCAUCUCCGAUACAGAAGCCCUUCAUCCUGCCGAAGACUCCGAUAGAGCCUGUGAAUCCCUUCGAAGGGGAUGGCUUCGUUAAGUCCAAGAAUCCUUUCGAUGAGGAUGAAGAUGCAAAUAAUCCUUUCAAAGAUGACGAUGAUGACUACGAUAAGAACCUAAAUCCUUUCUCUAUGUAAUAUUAAAGACUUUCUUUCUCUC